CCCUGCAUCCCCGCCCCAGCCCAGCCGGCGGGGACCGCGGAGCCGGGUCUGCAGGCCAGCGGGCGGCCCGCGCCGCGGAGGAGGCUGCUUCUCCCCAGGGAUGGUGGAGUUGGAUGGAGACUCCGUCCGUCCUCCUCCAGGAUGAACCCCCUGCCAGAAGCCAUGGAGAACACUCUGACCGGGAGCCAGAGUUCACACGCUUCACUGCGAGACAUCCAUUCCAUCAACCCUGCGCAGCUCAUGGCCAGGAUUGAGUCCUAUGAAGGAAGGGAAAAGAAGGGCAUUUCUGAUGUCAGGAGGACUUUCUGUCUCUUUGUCACCUUUGACCUCUUAUUUGUAACAUUGCUGUGGAUAAUAGAGUUAAAUGUGAAUGGGGGCAUCGAGAACACCCUGAAGAAGGAAGUGAUUCAUUAUGACUACUACUCCUCUUACUUUGACAUAUUCCUUUUGGCAGUCUUUCGAUUCAAAGUGCUGAUACUUGGAUAUGCUGUGUGCAGAUUGCGCCAUUGGUGGGCAAUAGCGUUGACGACAGCAGUGACCAGUGCCUUUUUAUUAGCAAAAGUGAUCCUCUCAAAGCUUUUCUCUCAAGGGGCAUUUGGCUAUGUGUUGCCCAUCAUUUCAUUCAUCCUUGCCUGGAUUGAGACGUGGUUCCUGGAUUUCAAAGUGUUACCUCAAGAAGCAGAAGAAGAAAACAGACUCCUGCUAGUUCAGGAUGCAUCAGAGAGGGCUGCUCUCAUCCCUGCAGGACUUUCUGAUGGUCAGUUUUACUCCCCUCCUGAGUCUGAAGCAGGAUCUGAAGAAGAAGCUGAGGAAAAACAGGACAGUGAGAAACCACUUUUAGAACUAUGAGUUCUGCUCUGUGAACAUCUGUGUGUUCUGUUGCCUUCAGUAUGGAGUUGGGAAACAGGCAGGCAGCACAGCACGUGGCCUCCGACCACUGCUCACUCUUUGUCUGCACUCUUUCUCAAGUGUGAAGAACCCUCACUGCAAGUCAUCUAAGGAGACAGGUGGAGAUGGGCUUCCCCUGGAGCUUAAUGGUGGAUCUGCUCACUGCUGGCUGUUGAUGAGCUAAGGAAUUUACUUAUGGUGAUACCUCAUGGACAUUGCUCCGCCUCCACUCCCAUCAUUCCUGCCUGUGGCAGUUGCGUCCUGCUCUGGUCCUUCCUCUAUUCUGUGAGUCUCCAUCUGACCUGAUAAUGAAUAACUCGGUCUCGUGCUGCAUCCGAAUCAAAAGACUGCUUAAUAUAUUGAAAUAACAAUUUCGUAGUAAGUGAGAUUCCUUUUUAUUUCAAUUCACAGAAUGUUUUUUUUUGUUUGUUUGUUUCAUGUCUCAGAUUUCUUUUGUAUUUCUUUUUUAACUCCUUACAUUUCACUUGUGUUUUUAAACUCAUGCACAUUGCUCUUUAUACAAUUUUAAAAUAAUAAAUCCAACAUAUCAAAAUGA